GCGUCUCUGGUUUCUUAUCAAGGUGCAAUUUAUUUUCCUCCCUCUAAUGAUUCAAAAUGAUUGGGGGACCUCUCUGGUUGUUAUCAGCUCUGGUUUUCUGCAACGUAUGUACUGAGGAAAUCUUCCAGCCAAAUCUGGUGCUGGACAUGGCCAAGGUCCUUCUGGAUAAUUACUGCUUCCCUGAAAACCUGGUGGGGAUGCAAGAUGCUAUCGAACAGGCCAUCAAGAGUGGGGAGAUCCUGGACAUCUCAGAUCCCAAAUUGUUGGCCAAUGUCUUGACGGCUGGUGUACAAGGUGCCUUGAACGACCCAAGACUGGUGAUCUCCUAUGAGCCGUUGGCUCCUGUGGCUCCAAAGCAAGAAGAUGAGGCUUCCUUCACUCAGGAGCAGCUCCUGGAUCUUAUCCAGCAUGUGGUCAAGUACGAGCAGCUGGGGGGAAACGUGGGCUAUCUGAGGAUUGAUCACAUCAUUGGCCAAGAUGUUGUGCAGAAGAUUGGGGCUUUCCUGGUGGACAAGGUGUGGAAGACUUUGAUGGGGACCUCUGCCCUGGUGCUAGACCUGCGCUACAACACUGGGGGGCAGGUCUCUGGCAUCCCUUUCAUCAUCUCCUACCUAUACGAAGCUGGCAAGGUGCUGCACGUGGACACGGUGUACAACCGGCCCUCCAACACCACCACGGAGAUAUGGACCCUGCCCCAGGUGCUGGGUGAGAGGUAUGGCAAGGACAAAGAUGUUGUAGUGCUGAUCAGCCGGCAUACCACUGGGGUGGCCGAAGAUGUGGCUUACAUCCUCAAGCACAUGCACAGAGCCAUCAUCGUGGGGGAGAGGACAGCUGGGGGCUCACUGGACAUCCAGAAGCUGCGGAUCGGUGCCUCCCAUUUCUACAUGACAGUGCCCGUAUCGCGGUCUGUGAGCCCUCUGAGCGGGGGUGGGCAGAGCUGGGAGGUCACUGGGGUGCCGCCAUGUGUAGCCAGCCAGAUGGAACAGGCCCUGGAGAAGGCACUGGCCAUCCUGUCAGUACGCAGGGCAGUGCCUGGCAUGAUCAGCCGCCUCAUGGGCAUACUACAGGACUAUUACACCCUAGCAGAGCGGGUGCCCGCACUGCUGCAACACCUCUCUGCCUUCGACUACUCCUCCGUCCAGUCUGCCGAGGACCUGGCCACCAAGCUCAAUGCCGAACUGCAGGCUGUGUCCGAGGACCCACGCCUCCUGCUCCGGGUCACCAUGCCAGGUGAGGCUGCUACCUCACCCAUGGAGGAGGAGACCCCGGUGGCUGCUGACCUGCCCGACAAUGAGGAGUUGCAGCGGGCCCUGGUGGACACCGUGUUCCAGGUGUCAGUGCUGCCAGGCAAAGUGGGCUACAUGCGCUUUGAUGAGUUCGCUGAUGCCUCCGUGCUGGCUAAGCUGGGCCCCUACAUUGUGCACAAGGUGUGGGAGCCCCUCCAGGCCACCGAGAACCUGAUUGUGGAUCUGCGCUACAACCCUGGGGGCCCAUCCUCAGGCGCCGUGCCCCUGCUGCUCUCCUACUUCCAGGACCCCACCACCGGCCCUGUCCACCUCUUCACUACCUAUGACAGGCGCACCAACCACACACAGGAGCACAACAGCUGGACUGGGCUACUGGGCCAGCCCUAUGGGGCCCAGCGUGGCAUCUACCUGCUCACCAGCCACCGCACGGCCACUGCCGCUGAGGAAUUCGCCUACCUCAUGCAGUCCCUGGGCCGCGCCACUCUGAUCGGCGAGAUCACAGCGGGCAGCCUCUCACACACCCGCACCUUCCCUCUGCUGCAGCCAGAGGAGGACAUCACCCAGGGCCUCAGCAUCACCGUGCCCGUCAUCACCUUUGUCGACAACCAUGGAGACUGCUGGCUCGGUGGCGGCGUGGUGCCGGAUGCCAUUGUGCUGGCUGACGAGGCGCUCGAGAAAGCCAGGGAGGUGCUGGCUUUCCACCAGGUCAUGGGAGCACUUGUGGAAAGCACUGGACAGCUGUUGGAGGCUCACUAUGCCAUCCCAGAGGUAGCUGGGAAGGCCAGUGUCAUGUUAAACACCAAGCAGGCCCAAGGUAGUUACCGCUCAGCUGUGGACUUGGAGACAUUGGCCUCCCAGCUCACCAACGACCUGCAGGAGGCCUCAGGGGACCACCGUCUGCACGUCUUCCACAGCCACGUGGAGCCCACCGCCGAGGAACAGUCCCCCAACAAGAUCCCCACUCCAGAGGAGCUGGCCUACAUCAUCGAUGCCCUCUUCAAGGUUGACGUGUUGCCAGGCAACCUAGGCUACCUGCGCUUCGACAUGAUGGCCGAGGCAGAGACAGUGAAGGCCAUCGGGCCGCAGCUAGUGCGCCUGGUAUGGGACAAAUUGGUGGGCACUGAUGCGAUGAUCAUCGACAUGAGAUACAACAUGGGCGGCUACUCCACCGCCGUGCCUAUCUUCUGCUCCUACUUCUUUGAGCCCGAGCCCCAGCAGCACCUCUACACCAUCUUUGACCGCAGCACCUCCCACAGCAUUGAGGUGUGGACCGUCUCCCAGGUCACUGGCCAGAGGUACGGCUCCCUGAAGGACAUCUAUAUCUUGACCAGCCACAUGAGUGGCUCAGCGGCCGAAGCCUUUGCCCGCUCCAUGAAGGAUCUGCACCGGGCCACGGUCAUUGGUGAGCCCACCAUGGGCGGCUCGCUCUCGGGGGGCAUCUACCGGGUUGGCAACAGCUCCCUGUAUGCCUCCAUCCCCAGCCAGGUGGUGCUCAGCCCCCUCACCGGCAAAGUGUGGAGCGUGUCGGGGGUGGAGCCGCACAUCACCAUCCAGGCGAGCGAAGCCAUGGCUGCAGCCCAGCAGAUUGCCGCCUUGCGCGCCAAGGUGCCUGGCAUGCUGCAGACAGUGGGGAAGCUGGUGGCGGACAACUAUGCCUUUGCAGACAUGGGGGCCGACAUGGCGACCAAGCUUACUGCCCUUGCCCCCAAGGACACUUACAAGAUGGUUAACUCUGAAGAGGAGCUGGCCAAGAAGGUGGCAGCUGACCUGCAAGCCCUGUCUGGAGAUGCGCACCUGAAAAUAGCCCACAUCCCAGAGCCCUCCAAGGGCCACAUUCCGGGGAUCGUGCCAAUGCAGAUCCCUUCCCCAGAAGUAUUUGAAGAUCUGAUUAAAUUUUCUUUCCGCACCAACGUAUUUGAAAACAACAUUGGCUACCUGAGAUUCGAUAUGUUUGGAGACUGCGAUCUUCUAACCCAGGUGUCUGAGCUGCUGGUGGAGCAUGUGUGGAAGAAGAUCGUUCACACAGAUGCAUUAAUCAUAGACAUGAGGUACAAUAUUGGAGGCCCCACUUCCUCCAUAGCAGCCCUGUGCUCCUAUUUCUUCGAUGAAGGGCACCCAGUUCUCCUGGACAAAGUCUACAACCGACCCAAUGACACGAUAAGUGAGAUCUGGACCCAGCCGCAGCUCGCAGGUGAGCGGUACGGCUCGCAGAAGGGCUUGAUCAUCCUCACCAGUGCUAUGACGGCUGGGGCAGCCGAGGAGUUUGUGUAUAUCAUGAGGAGGCUGGGCAGAGCUUUCAUCAUUGGAGAAGUGACCAGCGGCGGCUGUCACCCCCCUCAGACAUAUCAUGUGGGUGAUACUGGCCUCUACAUCACCAUCCCCACCUCCAGAUCCGUGACCUCUGCUGAUGGCACCUCCUGGGAGGGCGCAGGGGUGGCUCCGCACCUGGAGGUGCCAAGCGAGACAGCUCUCAUCCAAGCAAAGGAAAUGCUCAAUGCACACCUGCACAGCUCCCAAUAAACUGGCUGGCGCAGCGAGCUCCCCGCCAGAGGGAUCUAGGUGGCGCUUUUCAAAGGCGCUUAAGGGGGUUAGGUGCCCAAAUCCCAUUGAUUUCCUAACUCCCUUCAGCCCCUUUGAAAAUCGCAGCCAAGGCUCACCGGGGGCGUGAUGCACCCCUCUAUGGUGGUGUUUGUGCGUGUGUGACGAGGACAGAAAGUCCAUCGUGUCUGCUUUGGAAAAUAACAUGUAUGUUCCCCCUCCUGUGUCCUGAAGAGGAGUGAGAAAUAGAUGCAAGGGCCCAAUUCCCAGCUGAGUUCAUCUCCCGCCUGGCUCCUUGUUCACGUGCUCCAGAAGGACCCUUCUCCAUCAGCCCCGGCACAGCCUCCCUGUAUUUCUGGAGUUGCAUUCCUAGUACUCACUCCCCCAGCUCACAGAGAGAUGGGUGGGGAGUGGGCAGGGAAAAGGCAGUGGUGUGACUCUGCCCCCAAUGUGCCAGCUGGCAUAGCUAAAGCAGCAGGUCAGGGUAGGAAGAAAGUAACCACCUUCUAGUCAAAGCCAAGAGCAGAUUGUGCCCAGCCCAGGGGCAAGGGGGAAAGUGGCGAAGAACCUACCUUGCCAAGGCACAAUUCCCUCGCUGGGCUCAUCCUGGGAUGGUGCAGUUACAUGCUUCUCUUGGCCCGGAGUUAGUUAAGGGACAAGCGAGCCCAUAGCACCCAAGGAUGGUAACUGACAUGAGCCCCAAUCAACUCAAUACAUCUCUGAACUUCAGGAACCCUCUGAUCUAGUAGUUUGUCUGCCUGUGUAGGGAUUUAUACAUACCCUCCGCUCACUGCGAUCUGGGUCUGAACUCUGUUGCUCAAUCCCAUCUCCACUAAAUACCUGUUUGAAGGCCCUGAAGGAAGUAGAUGAGCUAGCGUAGGCACCCAGGUUUGGAAACUGGUCUUCAGAAGCUGAGUUAAACGUCGCCUUUCUGCAGUAUGUAGUGGUUACACGUUGGGUUUGUUGAAACUCAGCGUGCAGAUUUAAAAAGAAAAAAAUGCUGUGUUUUAAACACUGAAUCACAAAGAAUAUAUUCAAAGAUUGACCUGGAAAGAGUUUUAACCAUCAAAUAGACUUUGUACCAUUUCUGUGAUGUUCACCUUUUCAACGUCACUCAGUGAAACCAGACUGCUCAGACUUCGCUUUCCAUUCAUUUUCAUGGCUGGGUUUCUAGACGCUGCAGGGGGCUGUUUAAAUGGAUAAAAGUUUGUACAGGACCUUAGCUAGUCAAAGCACUAUAUAAAUGACAAGUAUUAAAAACACUAAAUCUGGCAAUGCCCACAGUUGUCAAUGCAUUCAUAAAAAACACCAUGAAAAUAUUUGUAUCCGUACUAGGUUUUGUAAAAGCCCCUUUAAAGUCUAAAUGAGCUAGCUUUGCUUCUUUUGUUUUCCGAAACACAAGUCUAUAUUUCCAUGUGAACAAAGGUCAUCAAGUGUGAAUGCUCCUAUUUGCUGUUACUUACUGGCUAUUUAUUAAUUAUUUUCAUGUUUUAAAAAUUUCAGUCAUCCAGUCAGGGGCCAGAAAUUCUGCCAUGUGACUUAAGUGACAGCGCUAACAGCAAAUAGAGUUAAUACUUCAAAACACACCCGUGGACCAAAAUUUGUUCCCAUGAACUACAUGGUGAUGAUUUACAAAUGACAGACACAUGACAGAAAAUGGGAUCAGUCUGGGAAAAGAAACAAAAAAGUUGCAUUUUCUAAGCUAAUCUAUUUGCAAUGGAUAACUCAGCCAGCUCUGCUGAAUCCCACUGGAUUUGUCUUCACUAGAAAGUUAGGUCAUGUGAGAACGUGACCUUGAAGAGUUGUGUUAACUUACACAAUGUUAAUCAUGAUUUAACACUUAAUGGACACAAGUACAAUUGUGUUUAACACCCCGUCAGCUAGUCAUGGUUCACCUCUACAGGGCUUAAAAUGGACCAGCUGAUGGGGUGUUAAACAUGGCUUGUCCCUGUCUACACUGACUGCUAAGUCAUGAUCAUCAUCAUCUAUAGUAACACAAUGCCCCAAGGUCGUGUUCUAACAUGACCUAAUUUCUCAACAAGAAAGAUGAGGGCCAUUGAAAACCAUUUGUACGAAGAGAGAUUGAAAAGGCUGAGGCUGUUAACCAGAGAGAAGAGAUGAAUAAAAGGGGAUGUGAUAAAAAUACUCAAGAUAAUGCAUGGGGAAGAG